UGCUGGAAGGUGUAUCCUGAACUCAGGGCUUUGUCUUCAGAGCUGGAGAAGAGACUGAUUGGUCCCCCGGAGCUGGAGCCAGAGUGCAGCACAGGGUAGAUCUGGUGGCUGCUGAGCAGAGCUGUGGGAGUGUUGUGCCUCCAUGGAGAGAACAACAGAAAUAUGCCAUGUUUUUUUUUCAGCAUUAACUACUCUUGCCAUGUUCACCCGGAGACGCUCCAGGGGCUUCUUACUGGACACAGUCAACAGAGGGGCAGAGUUUGUGGAGACCCUGAAGACUGUCUACCCCAUGGCUGAUGCCCUUCACGAGAAGGACUUUGACUGGCUCUUUGACUGUCCCGAGACAGAGCAGUUCCUUGAGUGGUUCUGUAACACCGUGGGGGAGGAGAAUGUACUGAGUCCUGGGGAAGUGGAAGCCUAUCAGACCCUGCUCAGUUCAGGGAAGCCUAUUCUGGAAGGUGAAGCCCUACAGCAGGUGCUGCAAACCUGCCGCCAAUGCCCGCAGCUGAAGGGGGCCAUGUCAGAGGAUGAGGCUCUGCCCCUAGAGGCACUGGAGCGAGAGGCACAGGCAUUGCAUAGCCAUAGUGCCUGCCAGCUGCGACGGCGCAACAAGCUCCAGAUCCGUGCGGCUAGCCUGAAACAGGAGCUGUGCCACUUGGCAGACAAGGAAAGGAAGGUGGGCCGGGUGCUGAGGAAAGCUCAGCUGGACUUAGAGAUGGAGAACUCUCAAACCAACAGUGUUCUGAGCCAGGUCUGCAAGGCAGCAAACCAGCUGGCGGAGUGGUACAGGGAAGCUGGGAAUGGGAGGCUUCUCAUGCUGAUGUCUGAGGCUGAUCUGGGCCACUACAUGGAGCUGGAGGAGCUGGCCACAAGGGCUUUAAUGGCAUUCAUCCAGAAGGCACUGCCAGGCACCACCCAGGCUCCAGAUGCUGAGGGGACAGGCUUACAGGGAGUGAAGAGACAGGGAAGCUCCCAAGCAAAGCCGGAUACUCAGGCCCCAGCAGAGUUAGCUCAGACUGUGCUGCCAGAGAACAAUGAGUGUGAGGUGGAUCCCAAAGUGGGUGCAGAGACCCAGGAGGAGCUGGUCAGGGAGACAGUCGCAGGGCUCCCCCAGAAAUCCUUGCUAGAAGAGAACAACUGCUCCAAAGCAGAGGCUGGGGGUAUGGAAGCCCUAUAUGGUCAGGACAGCUGCCAGGAAAUGGUGAAGGGACUAGCAGAAGCUGCCCACAUAAUGCUAUUGGAGAGCAUGGGGGGUCCUGAAGCCAAGCUCUUAGAGAGCCUAGGCAGCUACCAGGAGGAGCUGGAGCGCAUGGCACUGGCUUACAUCUGCAGCCAGAAAGAGCUAAUCACCACCUCAGCAGAAGUUGACGGUAUCUGGGCUGGAUUGCAGUGGGCAGAGAGGGCCCUGAAGAGCAGCAAAGAGAACAAGAUGGUGGAGGAUGAGCUCAGCCUUCGCAUAGCCACCUUCCAGGAGCAGCUGUGCGCCCUCCAAAGUGACAUAGAUCAGACCCAAACCCAACACCUUGUGCCCCUCCUUCAGGCCACUGCUCACCUCCUUCACUUGCCUGUCCUGCAUGCAGAGCUCGAUAGGGAAGCAGUUCACCUUGAGUAUACCACCUUGAAGCAGGAAGAGGUUGCGAGGCAGCUGAUGGCCCAGCAUAGCCGCCUGGAGCUGCUGGGGCUGCAACUGAAGCUGGAGAAGGAGCAGCAGCAGCAGGUGGGGACCUGUCUGGAAAAGAUGGUAGCUACCCUGCAGGAAGCCAGUGCCAAUCUACAAGGGCGGCUCGCCUGCUUUGAGGAUUCCAGCCUGUACACCAAGAUCUGUCCACGCACUCUGAUAGAUCCCAGUGAUGUCACCACCAUACGGCUCUGGGAGAUGCUGGAGAAGCAGGGCCAGGAGAAGCAACUCUUCCGCACCUACGAGACGCUGGCAAGCCGUGGCUCGCGCCUGCGCCAGGAGCAGAGGAUGCUGGAGGUGCAGCUUGCAGUGUCCCCAACCCAGCUCCCCAUGCUGGAGUCUGAUGAUGAGAUGCUCUAUAAGAUGAUGUAUAGUGACUCCAAUCAACUACUGCUGAAUGCCCAGGAGCUGGCUGAGCCUAUGGAGCAACUCUGUGCCACACAGGCCAAACUCUAUCAGAUGCUGAUGGACCUCCUGAGUGACCUCAAGGCCAAACGGAAAUCCCUGCAGACCCACUUCCAGCGGACGGAGCGCAAUCUCUAUGUGCACUUCUUCCGUGAUGCCAACCGUCUGAGGGAGGUGGUGCAGCAGCUGGAGAAACAGGCCUUAGCCUUCUCCUAGGGCUCAGCAAGGGAACAACUUCACCCAGCACCCAAGGGGGCAGAUUGAGGAGAUUUUUGCUGCCUGUUCUGGAAGUGUUUGCCCCAAAGGGAGGAGAAUCACAGAGAUCCUUGCUAUGCUGAUAAGUUGCACAUUACUUUGUCCUGUCCUCCUCCUCACACUAAAAAGAUCAAAUCCCCCCCAUGAGGCUAGUACCUGGGGUUGACACUGGGGUGGAAACCUGCCCCUACCAUGUAUAAAAUCUGUCACAGUGAGGGUGUGUGGGUUUCUCAUGGUGCACAGGCCACUGUGAAGAGAAGUGAACACUCUUCCAUGAUUCACAGUGGGAAACCUCACUGAACUCUGCAUUAUGCCCACGGAGGCCGAGGAGUAGGAAGGGGAGUGCACUGUGUGGGCAGACCAGGGGAAGGGUGAGUGCCUGGAAUUCUCCGCUCCUCACCCAGUGCGGUGGGCUAGAGCUGGCUGGAAGGAUAGUGUGAGUGGUGCAGCAGGGGACAAGUAAAAAAUAAAGGCAUGUUUCAUGGUAUUUUUCCUAAUGAGAUAUUGAUUCAUAAUCAUGGGGCAGGGGCAUGUGUGCAUCUGUCUCUGUCCUUCCGGGUUUCACCUGUCUCAACUCCCCUGCUGCUCCAAACCCAACCCUGUGAAGGAAAGGGGGAGCAGUGGUUUCAAGGUGAGCUUAUUUCCCUUUGUUUCCCAAGGCCAUCUGCUAAAGACCUCCUUCCUGUACUGCUCCAGAGCCGAAAUGUGUGGCUUAGCUCAGAGCUUUUUUUGAUGGUGGGCUUGCUUGGCACCACUCACCUACUGAAAUCAGGAACAGGCCUCCUUUCUCCAUGGUUAAUUCUAAAGCAAAGACACUUAUUGAAUUCCAUUAAACCACACUAAUUCUGUUCACUCCCUUUUUUAAUAAGAUAUUUAGUGUCCAGCCUCUCAAGCCUGCAUCUACACUGAAGUCCUCUCUGGCCAUAGAAGAGAGAGCGCUCCUGUAGCAGCAGUGCAAGCUACAUUAAGCUGCCCUGCCAUUAAACCUCCAAACCUGAUCUAA